GAAGGCUGUCUCUGAGGAUUAACGCCUCCGAUCUGCCUCUUUCCUCUUUCGUAUUAACGAGGACGAGGCGAACUGCGGCGCAUUUUACGGGACUUUAUCAAAUGCGACGGCGGACAAAUGUCAUUGGCAAUGCUCCAUCAAAACCCGAUGCCUCCGUAGAUUUGUCACCGGGCCAGAUCGCUGCUUUUCUGCUGACCCAGUGAAAGCACUGAAAUCCAUUGGAGCCCAGCGAUGUGGAGCUGCAUGGUUUACAAUGAGACGGACGCCAGCACGGACCACCGGCUCUGCCAGGAUUUUGGCCUCAUCCUAUCUGUGUUCUCCCUCAUCUACCUCAUGGUAUGCUUCCCUGUGGGGCUGUGCUACAAUGCGCUGCUGGUGGUGGUCAACCUCUCCAAUAAGGUUUCCAUGACCAUGCCCGAUGUCUAUUUUGUCAACAUGGCCAUCGCGGGCCUUGUGCUCAACCUGGUGGCACCUGUGGAGCUGCUGGGGCCGAGUUUCACCCGCUGGCCAGUGUGGGAGUACAACAACGAGAUCUAUAUCACCCUGCUGAUCCUCUUCAACAUCUCAUCCCUGGUCAUCAUGUACUCCACCACGCUGCUCAGCCUGGACUACUACAUAGAGCGGGCGCUGCCCCGCACAUACAUGUCCAGCGUGUACAACACCAAGCAUGUAUGUGGGUUCAUCUGGGGUGGUGCCGUGCUCACCAGCUUCUCCUCACUACUCUUUUACGUGUGCAAUCAUGUCUCCACCAAGAUCAUCGAGUGCUCUAAAAUGCAGAACAAGGAGGCAGCAGACGCCAUCAUGAUGUUCAUCGGCUAUGUAGUACCAGCUGUGGCCGUCCUUUAUGCCUUCGUGCUCAUCUUGCGUAUCAGGAAGGAGUCCACCCCUCUGGACCAGGAUUCGGCCCGGUUAGACCCCUCUAUCCACCGGCUGCUGCUGGCUUCCGUCUGUGUGCAGUUUGUUCUAUGGACCCCGUACUACAUGACCCUGUUGGUGCACACCAUAGCCGGUGCGCCAGGGAGCCAUAGCAACAGACAUCGCUUCACGACCUAUUAUUUCUUGAGGUGUGUGUCGGAGUUGUUGGCCUUCUCGAGCAGCUUCGCUAUGCCUCUCAUGUACAGGCAGAUGAACAAGAACUUUUCCCACAAGCUCCAGCGGCUGCUUAGGAGGCUGCACUGCAGCGACCAGUCGUGCCCUCAUGAACGCUCAACAGUGCAGCAAGUGGUGACGUGAGGUCAACCCAUGAGAUCACUGACACCCAUACCUCCUCUCUUCCUCACCCCACCUCGGCCUAAAUGGCACUUAUCUCAGCCCUAACAAGAGCCAGUAUCUCGCAAGGCUCCCUCACUACUCUGGAUUAUGUUAAGGGCUACAUAGCCAACUGAGGAAUUUCCUGUCACCUUUGAAAAACGGAACUUGAGCUAUCCGGCACUUGCAGUGAGAGGGCAAACCAAGCAAAAACCACUAAGUGCCGUUCCUAUUUGUCCAUUAAGUGACAUUCUCCACUGAGGCACUUGAUCAUUAGACUGGAAAGUCAUAAGAAUAAUGCACACUUGAAAGGGGAA